AUGGCGCAGCGGGGCGAGCUGGGGCGGCAGCUCCCGCUGAGAGGCCCCCUCAAAGCCCUAGAGGCAGACAUCCACCACGCUAACGCCAUGGCGGAUGCCGUUCAGAGGAAUUAUGGUGGAGCAUGUGUGCAGAUGAGGCUGUCGUUCAGCUCCCUGGCUCCAUUCUUCUUGUACUUCAUCCAAUGGCUGGACUGCGGCUGCUGUUAUGCUCUUCCCAGCUAUUUAGGACUGUUUCACAUUCUCAUAUGCAAGGUUUAUGCUGAUGGAGAUAGCUCAGUGUCGACAUAUGAAAGGCGGGCAAGCCUUAGGGAAUUCUAUGCAAUUAUCUAUCCUAUUCUGCAGCAGCUUGAGAGUAGUUUGAUCGAGAGGGACCUGAAGGGGAAGGGUCGAUGCAAAGAUAUAGUGAGUAGGAGAAGGAUGGAGGAUAGGAAAAAGCUUUCUGGUAAGGAUCUGGAAAGGGAGGAUGAAUGUGGGAUUUGCAUGGAGGCAUGCACCAAGAUGGUCCUGCCUAAUUGCAGUCAUGCAAUGUGCAUAAAGUGCUAUAGAGAUUGGUAA